AUGGGGCUGCUGGUGCUGGCCCUGGCCGCCUGGCUGGGGCUGGGGCUGGCCUCGGCCUCUGAGGGGGCGUCCAACAGCAGCCGGCUCUGCCGGGAGGCGCCGGCGUGGAGCGUCAAUGGCUUGAGCCCCAUGGCGGGGGCUGCAGGGCAGGUGACGGUGGUGGCCCUGCUGAAGGCCAGCUGACACUUCUGCCUGCAGCAGGCCCGCAGCCUCGGGGGCCUGCGGGAGAGGCUGGCCCGGCAGGGCACGGUUGACGUCCGCUACAUGAUCAUCAAUGAGAAGGCGCCGCUCUCCCGUGCCAUGUUCGGGGAGCUGGAGCGCCAGGCCCCGCUGGGCAUUCCCGUCUUCCAGCCGGAGCCAGAGGAGCCUGACGUCUGGCAGGUCCUGGGGGGCGACAAGGACGACUUCCUCGUCUACGACCGGUGCGGCCGCCUGGCUUUCCACAUCCAGCUGCCCUACAGCUUCCUCCACUUCCCCUAUGUGGAGUCAGCCAUCCGCUUCACCCACAGCAAGGACUUCUGCGGCAACUGCUCCCUCUACCCCAACACCACCCAGGAGGCUAACAGUACCAUGGAGGUCCCUGUAACCCCGAGCCCGCUUUCCGAACAAGAGGGGAAGGAGUCAGAGACCCCCAUCCACCAGCACAACCCUCUUCACCCUCACCACCACCACGAGGUCAGCAGCAAGAGAGCCACAGACCCAAGUGGGGACCAUGAACCUGCCACCCAUGCUCACCACCACCAUGGAGAACACGGCCAGACCCAUCAGGAGGGGAAGAAGCAGAAGGAGGGCAAUGAGCACUAAGCCAGGCUGGGCAGCCUUACAGAAGAACCCAGUAGCAUGCAGACCACACCAACGCGCUUCCCAGGGGCACGAAAGGACUGACUUUGGGCUGCUGGUCACCAGCAGCAUCGGUGUAACAACCCCCUCCAGCAUCCCCCGUGUGGGUCAUACUCCCAUGCUGUGACCAGGGAUGAAAAUCCCCCUCAGACCCCACGAGGUGCUGCAUUUUCAGCCCCAGGGCUCAGUUCUGAGCCUUCCUCCGCCGCUGCCUGCCUUUCUGUGCUCAAUGAAGCCUGCUGUGCAAACCGGGAGGUCCCCGGUCACUGCUGGCUGACACUGCACAGAGCAGCAGAGCAGGGGUGGAGGGGCCAGAACUGGGACGGGAGCGGCACUGCCAGCACGCUCUGCCUGUCCUGGCACCCCUGGGUGUCCUGGCUGGGGAGCGAGGGGAGGGACAGCACGUGCCUUGCAGGACAUGAUCCCAGGGGACGGGAAGGUCGCAGUUCCCCAUGGUCUAAACCCUGUACCCCCAUAGCUGUCACAUCCUGGGGACCCUCCAGGCCUUGCACACAGGUAUGUGCAGUGGUGAUGGGUGGCCGCAAGAUGGUGGCCUUGUCCCCUCUUGGAGACUUAGGGGCUGUAUCCGGGGCCCACAGCUCUGGGAGGACAGGGGUGAGGAUCCUGGGGUCUCUCCUGGGGGGGAAACGAGACCAGA